AUGCUGUGUUGGCUUUCUGGGUUCUACUUUAAUCCGAUGUACGAGAAGGUGAAGGAACAAUUUAAUGGACUUUUUGAUAAGGAUAUCAAGCAGUUAGCUGUUGUCGUACCAGACAGAGAGAAACACACAAAAACUGAAAAUCUUAAAGCUAGUGAUUUACACACUCCACUCCAACAAGUUUGUUUGCGCUCGCAACUUACACUAACCGCCAUCCUAGGUCACGGCCAUCCUGAUGGCCGUUACGCCUGCGAUUUCCGCACAAACAUCGAUAAUUUAUUGUAUCCAUAUGCUCCAUCACAGUGUUUAGACAUGCUUGUAGAUAUUUUGAAGAGAGUGUGUCAACAAACAUACUUCCUAUACCUACAAUGUAACAACAGCCGUAUUAGAGGCGGGUGGGCUGACUGCCACUAUGGCAGAUAUGUGGGUGGUUCAUCAUGGGACUGUAAUGAGAGACAGUGUCCCAACGAACAGUGUAACCUAAGACCUAACCAACGUGCUGACCAAAGUGCUAACCAAGGUACUAACCAAAAGUGUAACCAACAUCCCAAAUGCGGUGUUAAAUCACCCCUUCAGUCCUUCCUGGAGGACGGCCUUCCAGGUUUCCUACCGCAUACAUUUACCACACCUGGCUGUAAGCUGACAUGUUCCCUAGGCAAUCACUUUGGUAAACCAUGUCUUACUCCCAUGGGUUUUGCAGAUAUUGGUAUUGUAGCCUCUCAUACACAGAAAGGUGCGUAUCUACUUGGUGAACUCAAACAUUUCUGCGGUCCAGAUUCUAAACUCAAUAAGUUGUGUUCUUACCUCAACUGCCUGCUCCGCGUAGCACCGCAGACGCUUGGUGAUAUGCUAGCGUUUUACCAUAGAUUGCUCAGGUUCUGGGGUGACACAAAGAAAACUUCGGUGCUUAAGAGUGUUGCAUUUGAUGAAGCUGUCCGAAAGGCCAACUUUGGGAACAAGGAAACAAAGUUGGACGUUACAUUCAUUCAUCAAUACGAUAGUCAUUCUAGCAAUACGCAUAAAAAUGGUGAUCUGUUCAGCCUCAUCAUAUGCAAUAAAAAUGAGAAUCCAGCUGUUCCCUGCGGUCCAUACCUACAGCCUCUGUCUCUUGAAUGUUGUGAUACAUUUUCCGGUAAGCACUCUGGUAACUAUCUUUCAUGGGUUGUAUAUAUAACAGAAACGUUCUAUGACUUACUUAAAAAACUAUAUGAAGAUUGUUGUGGAAAGUGCAAUAAACCAGGCACCAGGUGCUACGACAAAUGCUGUGAUUCACAGUGCAAAAUAAAUUUUUCUUACGGCACUGGUAAUACUCCCAAACAACUCAAGGAUGUAAAUCAUGAAGAUGGAUGCACAUCCAUUGUUAAGUGCAAAAAUAUACAUCCGACAUUGUAUGCAUACGGCUUCACUUUUAAAAGCCCACAUGGACUGAGUGGUGAGAAAAGGAAGGAAAUGAAGCGCACAUGUCAGGAUUUCUGUACAGCAUUAGAAAAGGUUGUAAAGGACGGUAGCGUUCUCUAUGACUUAGUGCACAAGCAUAUUCCACAAUUCCUUUUCGAUAUUAGAGAAAAGUUCAUAUGGACUCUCGUAGCCCUCUGGUCGCUGUCGCUCCUGUACCUGCUGCACAUCGCCGUCGUCCGCCUCGACGUCCUGAGGAUCCGCUCCCACCUGAAAUCACCCUCAUCGCACCGCAUCGCCGCGCAGUCGCUGCUCGCCGUAGCAAGGGUUGGGAAAAUUGCCAGCGUCAAGCAAGUACUUCUCACCGUAAUCGUGCCUUCACGUGUGAUCUGUGUAUCACUCAACCACCCACUCACCCACCCACCCACUCAACCACCCACUCACUCACCCAACCACUCACUCAACCACCAACUCACUCACCCACUCAACCACCCACCCACUCACUCACUCAUCCACCCACUCUCCUCCCUCUUUCACUGGUCGCUUCGCUCCCUGCCCUUCACCCCUCCAUCACCUCCUCCGUCGGCGUCCUUCACCCAAAUCCUCAUUUUCCACAUUUUCCCUCCACCUCCAAAACCGCCUUACCUCAACCCAUCUUCCUCCCUCAUCGCCUUCUUUCGCCCCUUCCUUCCCUCACCUUGUCCACCCACCUCCCUCGCUGCCUUACUGCCUCCUUGA